GUUCGAUCCUUGUGCUCUCUUUCCAGCAUCUUCUCUCCUAGCUCGCACUAAGUCUUGAAAGUAGUGUCUAGCUUUUCCACCGCCUCGCCUUCUGGAGUACAAAAUGGGCGACGGACCCAAUGACUCCGGCGAGCGAUCGGAGUCCAACGCGAUUCCCACAGCCUCGACGCCACGACAAGCAUCUGGACCGUCUCAAGUCCAGCAGCCCAAGCCACAGGUGUUGGCUAAUAGGUCCGGCCCCUCGGCGAUACUCGUCUCUACACGACAGAAAGGAAACCCAAUUCUGAACCAUAUCAAGAUCGUACCUUGGGAAUAUGCAGAUAUCCCAGCUGACUACGUGAUCGGAAACACUACCUGCGCACUGUUCUUGUCACUGAAGUACCACCGUCUCCACCCUGAAUAUAUCUACUCGCGUAUACGACAGCUCGCAGGAAAAUAUUUACUGCGCAUCGUCCUAGUGAUGGUGGAUAUAGCGAAUCACGAAGAUAGCCUACGAGAAUUGUCUAAGACGUCUCUCAUCAAUAAUCUUACACUGAUGCUGUGCUGGUCUGCUCCCGAGGCCGCACACUACCUGGAAUUGUAUAAGUCGUCGGAAAAUUCACAACCUACAGCAAUUCGCACGCAGCAGGCCCAAUCUUACAAGGAGUCACUAGUCGAGUUUGUGACUACACCCCGCAGUAUCAACAAGUCUGACGCGGCAAGCCUGAUCUCCACCUUCGGGAGCUUACAGAAUGCAAUCAAUGCUCAAUCAGAACAGAUUGGCGCGGUACCCGGAUGGGGAGAGAAGAAGGUUAGGCAAUGGUGUCAUACAGUGAGGGAAGGAUUUCGAGUUGAGUCGACGAAGAAGGCAAAUGUGCCUAGCCGAGACAAAAAUCGCCUAUCGGCACAGCCAGGAACCUAUCAGGAGAUUGAUUUUCCUUCAAGGGCGUCUGAAGGUCGGGAGCAAUUCGAGGAAGAGUUUCUUCUCGCGGAAUCGGAGGGCAGCAAGCUAGCGGCGCACGGAGAUAACAUUGAGGAGCAACGCGCUAAAGACGACGGUCAGCCGGAAGAACUGGACCAAGGCAUAAUGGCAGCACUGGCGAAGCUUCGUGAGAACGGUAGCUGAAUGGAGACUGAGCCAUGUAUGUUGGGAGAAAGCCGUACCGGUCAGCUGUCUAUCUUCUGCG